AUGCCUGUGCGUGGCUUUGUAGGGCCGCAGUACGCGAAUGUGGGAUUCAGGUACGGGUACAUCGGCGAUCAACCACCGCCCACAGUGCACGCACCCGCGUCUGUCGCGACUCCUCCAGUCGCCUUGUCAACCCCAUUCCCCAGCGCGAUCUAUCCGGAAAGCCAGCCAACGGGGCAAGCCUCGCCAGACCCUAGAGAACCAUUAGUGGUCGGUGUGGACACACAGCCGCGAACAGACGACCCAUUAUCGAACGCGAAUACCGGCGGAUUAGUGCGUGAGGUGAAUGGUGGAGCGAGGAUGAAUGCAAGCGCGCGUGCACAUUCGCCGCCAAUAUGGAACGUGAACUCACUGUUGCCGGGAAACCCGGACGUCCACAUCCGCACCCCCACGCAACCGACCGCAGUGGACGCGACCGGUGUAGGCAACGGCGGCAGAGGUAACGGUGUUAACGCGACCGGAGGUACCGGGAACGUGCCAGUCAGUAGACCGCGUAUAAGGAGGCGGCGAGUCGAAGUCGUGCCGCACACGGCAUGCAACGGAUCGAGGGAGGGGAGCGAGGGGCAAAGCGAUGAGGAUGACAGGGACGACGCGGGAGAUGCGGACGACAGUUGGAAUGACGAUGACGGAAACUACCUUUUGAACUCGCUGUCCGCGCUCAACGAGGAGGAGGCGGAAGACAACGAACGGGUGCGGGGUACGCGAACGGACUUGGAGGUCCCCAUCGCGGAUUGGAAUAGGCUUGGUGUGGACGACACGCCGGCCGCAAAAAGAGUGAUGUGCAUGGGCAUCCUCUACGGUGUCUCUGAAGCCACACUGAAGAAAUAUCGCGGUUGGGCCAGAGAGUACAAGCUCUUCAUGGCGCACGAGCUGCCGAAACUGGACGUGAGUAGGUUCGGUGAGGAGGCCUCGUUGAGAAACGCGAACCCCGACGAGAUCGGGGCCGCACUCGAGCAGAACAUGGGUGGUGACUGGAAGAUGGCGGAGGGCGACGAGCAGUGGUUCCACGGCCCUGAGACAAAUCCAUGGCGCUUACGUAAAUACGUGACCUUCCUCGCGAACGAGACGGUCGUGCAGGCGAACAGGAUGGCCACACUCAAGCGGCCCGACAAGACCUUGAAGAAGAGAUGCCAGUGCUCCCCUGCAAUGCUAAUGGGGCGUCUCAAGGCUUUGAACCUCCUCAUCAAGCUGGACGGGGCCAUCUUCAGGAAGCCCGUUUUGAACCUGCUGCGCGAUUUUGCGGAGUGUCGCAUCUGGGUCCGCGUUCAAGUACGCGACCAGUACAAGCGGUUUAUCGCGUAA